GAUGGCAGCAGAAGAAAAGUGACGUCAAAAAUAGCAAAAAAAAAAAGAAAAAAAAAAUCGGUGUAAACUCGGAAAAUGUCGCCUGUGGCUGAAAAUUUACAAAAAUAAAUUCAAUAAAAUUAAACCCAAUUCGCAUUAUUAUUUCCACACAAAACAAAAGUAUUAGAAUAAUAAAAAGCGUGUAAUAAAUGUCUGUAUUAUGAAUAGGUAUUCAUACAACACAGAUUCUUCCUACCAGGAUCACCAUAGUGUCAUGGACAGUGAAAAUCUAAUGGACGAAUUAGCAUCAUUGACUCGUACCGAAAUACCCGAUGGCCGUCAAAGCCUGAGGGAUAGUUUCACAAAUUUAGAAAGAGUCGCUGACUAUUGUGAGGAUACUUAUUAUAGAGCUGACAAUAAAAAAGCAGCAUUAGAAGCAACUAAAAACUAUACAACACAAUCAUUAGCAAGUGUUGCUUAUCAAAUCAAUACGCUGGCGUAUAGUUAUAUGCAAUUGCUGGAGCUGCAGGCGACACAGCUCAAUGAAAUGGAGUCGCAAAUGAAUCAUAUCGCUCAAACUGUUAUGAUUCACAAGGAGAAGGUUGCUAGAAGAGAAAUUGGUGUACUUACUGCUAACAAAGUUAGUUCUCGCCAAUUCAAAAUUGUUGCUCCUAUCAAUCCUGAAAAGCCAAUAAAGUAUGUUCGCAAGCCAAUUGAUUACUCAAUUCUGGAUGAAAUUGGUCAUGGAAUAAAUUCCACACAACAACGGCAAAAGCAUCGUGGAUCGUCUCAUGGUUCGAUUCAAUCAUUGGCUACAACUAAUUCAGUGUCAGUUGGUCCACCGCCGACCACAAAGCCUCCAACUCCACCACAAAUGUCACGUGGUAAUACUGGUACUCUGGGAAAAUCGGUCAGCAAUACUGGAACACUUGGCAAGAGUUCACGUGAAUAUCGAACUCCGCCGGUUGUUAAUCCACCACAAGUCCCAUCGCACUAUGCCCCCAACUAUCCAAUUGGACAUCCCAAGAGAAUCUCCUCCUCUUCGGCUGGCGGUGAUCGUGCUCCGGGUUACAGUUCAUUGCCAAUGCCGCCGAGUCAACAAGUUGCCACGCAUGUUAAUUUGCCAUCAGCUGGUAUGAUGCAGUCGUUGCCACCACCUCCGCCAACGACUUAUGAUGAUCGUAGCAGUAUGCCUCCUCCACCAUCACCGCUGACUGUUUCACAUGAGAUCACCGAGCAAAGUCACGUUGGUAUGCAUACUCUUGGAAGGAAUAUUAAUAGCUUGAACUUUGCUCGUCCAGGCUCGCAGUCACCACCACUGCCACCUCCACCACCACCAGAAGAUGAACAUCAAGACUUUGGUAGACCAAGAACUUCUACUACUCAUGGACAAUUAGCGCCAAUUGUCCCAGAUGAUCAAAAUCUGCCUGGUUGGGUUCCCAAAAACUAUAUUGAAAAAGUUGUGGCUAUUUACGAUUACUAUGCCGACAAAGAUGACGAACUCAGCUUCCAAGAGAGUUCUGUUCUAUAUGUGCUCAAGAAGAAUGACGAUGGCUGGUGGGAAGGCGUCAUGGACGGAGUAACCGGCCUAUUUCCAGGAAAUUAUGUCGAACCUUGUGUUUGAAUGCUUCAUAACUACACAGCGUUAUAUGUUUUCCAGUAUUCCAUAUAAAUUAAAAAAUAGCAUUUAGACAAUAUCAAUUUUAUACCUUUAAAAAAAAAAACAAAA